CUAACAUUUAACGCCAUUAGAUGAGCGAGUUGGAGAGAAGAGAAAAACGGAAUUACCCAGAAGUGUGGUGGAAUCGUUGUCCACUUAAGAGCAGAUGCUUCCUCAGAAGUUGACUGAAAGAGGUCUGCUGAUCUGGGUCAGAAGCCCAUACUGGACUGUGCUGGUCUGAAAUGGACCAGACUCCUGAGAUAAGGGGUGCUGUUCCUGAAAUGAGGGCCUCUCGAAAGCGCAAGAAGGGGGCCACAGACUCUGAAGUGAGUCUCUCUGGAGAGCUUGAGACUGAUAUUGGAGCCCUCAGCCCUGCUAACAAGAGUAUCCACCUGGAGAGAGCAGGGUCACCUGCACCCAGCUGUCUGUCAAUGAAGAGUGACGACUCAAUGCAUCAUCCAGUCAAUAUGAGCGGAGAGCACACAGGUGAUCCAAGUAUCCACCUGGAGAGAGCAGGGUCACCUGCACCCAGCUGUCUGUCAAUGAAGAGUGACGACUCAAUGCAUCAUCCAGUCAAUGUCAAAGGAGGUCACAGAGUUCAUCCACGGAUCCAGCUGGAGAGAGCAGGGUCACCUGCACCCAGCUGUCUGUCAAUGAAGAGUGACGACUCAAUGCAUCAUCCAGUCAAUAUGAGCGGAGAGCACACAGGUGAUCCAAGUAUCCACCUGGAGAGAGCAGGGUCACCUGCACCCAGCUGUCUGUCAAUGAAGAGUGACGACUCAAUGCAUCAUCCAGUCAAUAUGAGUGGAGAGCACACAGGUGAUCCAAGGAUCCAGAAGUCAGCAGAGACGGGCUGUCUGUUAGAGAAGAGAGACCAGUCCAUGGAUUUAAUUCUCAUAAACAAGUCACUGCAUCACACGCUGAAGAAGUUGGACAAGGAUUCGUUGGAACAGUUUAAGAAAUGUCUGAGUCAGGAUUACCCAGAAUGCUUAGAGAGCCAGCUGGAGGACCAUGAGGUGCUGGAUGUUGUUGAGAAGAUGCUGGAGAGCUGUGGCACAGAGAGGUCUGUGAAGAUCACGCUGCACAUCCUGAGAAACAUGAACCAGAAGGAUCUUGCUUACUCACUGGAGAACGACCACCAGAGGAAUGAAUCCGCAAUAAAAGCCCAAAACACGCUGAAAGCUAAUCUGAAGAAGAGGUUUGAAUGUAUAUUUGAAGGAUUAGCAAAGCAGGGCCAUGCAACCCUCCUCAAAGAGAUCUACACAGAGCUCUACAUCACAGAGGGGGGAAAUGGGGAAGUCAAUUACGAACAUGAAGUGAGACUGAUUGAGACAAUGUCCAAAAGACAUGCCACGCAAGAGAGAAAGAUCCACUGCGAUGACAUUUUUCAACUUUUACCUUGUCAAAGAAAGACGAUCAGAACAGUGCUGACAAAGGGGAUCGCUGGCAUUGGAAAAACUGUCUCUGUGCAGAAAUUCAUUCUCAACUGGGCAGAGGGAGAAGCCAAUCAGGACAUUCAUUUUAUCUUCAAUCUUCCUUUUCGAGAUCUGAAUUUGAAGAAAGAGAAAGAUUUCAGUCUAAUGCAACUUCUGCAGCAUUACUUUCCAGAACUGAAAGAGAUUAAAUGUGUUGAACAUGAAGAAGUCAAAGUUGUGUUCAUCUUUGAUGGUCUGGAUGAGUGUCGACUUCCUCUAGACUUCCAGAACAAUGAGAUCCUGUGUGAUGUAACAAAGCCAACAUCAGUGGAUGUGCUGCUGACGAACCUCAUUAAGGGGAAUCUGCUUCCCUCUGCCCUUCUCUGGAUCACUGCCCGACCUGCAGCAGCCAGUCAGAUCCCUCCUGAUUGUAUCCACCGGGUGACAGAGAUACAAGGGUUUAGUGACCCGCAAAAAGAGGAGUACUUCAGGAAGAGGAUCAAAGAUCAGAAUCUGGCCAGCAGAAUUAUCUCACACAUAAAGUCAUCCAGAAGUCUCUACAUCAUGUGUCAUAUACCGAUCUUCUGUUGGAUUUCUGCUACAGUUCUUCAGACUGUGAUGAGUGAAACAGACAGUGGAGAAAUCCCCAAAACUCUGACUGAAAUGUACACCCACUUCCUGCUCAUUCAAACUAAUGUGAAGAAUCAGAAGUAUCAUGGCACUAAUAUAAUAAAGUCGGAUGCAGAAAUCAUCCUGAAACUGGGGCAGUUGGCUUUUCAACAGCUGCAAAAGGGAAAUCUGAUAUUCUAUGAGGAGGACUUGAGGGAUGCUUGCAUUGAUGUCCGUGAGGCAUCAGUGUACUCUGGGAUUUGCACAGAAAUCUUUAGAGAGUUGCCUGGGUUGUUUCAGAAGAAAGCCUACUGCUUUGUGCAUCUGACCAUUCAGGAGUAUCUGGCUGCCUUAUUUGUGUUUCUUUCAUGUGUAAAUGAGAACAAAAAUGUUCUCACACCACAGAAGUCUAAAAUUCAACAUCACAGACUCCAGCUGUCUGCGUUGCACAGGAGUGCAGUGGAUCAGGCCUUACAGAGUAAGAAUGGGCACCUGGACCUUUUCCUCCGAUUUCUUCUUGGCCUCUCGCUUGACCCCAGUCAAACUCUCUUAGGAGGACUACUGACACAGUCAGGAUGUAUAUCUCAGAGCACUGAGGAAACUGUGAACUAUGUUAAAUGGAAGAUAAAGGAGGAAUCCUCAGCAGAGAGGACCAUCAGUCUGUUCCACUGUCUGAAUGAACUACACGACAGCCGUCUGGUGAAUGAAAUCCAGGCUUCCCUGGAGUCGGGAACACUUUCAGAAAAAAAGCUGGAACCAGACCAAUGUUCAGCACUGGCCUUUGUGCUACUGAUGUCAGAGGAGGUUCUGGAUGUGUUCGAUCUGAAGAUGUACACAACAUCAGAGGCAAGUCAGGAGAGACUGGUACCAGUAGUCAGGUACUGCAUGAAGGCGAAACUGGACAGCUGUGAUCUCACAGAGAGGUCAUGUAAAAUUGUGGCCUCAUCUCUCAAGUCAGUUCCCUCACACCUGAUAGAGCUGAACCUCAGCUUCAGUAACCUGGGAGAUUCAGGAGUAGAGCUUCUCUUCCCUGGACUCAAGAGUCCAAAGUGUAAAGUACAGAGACUGAAGCUGUCAGGCUGUCGGGUCACAGAGAAAGGCUGCGCUUCUCUGGCUUCUGCUCUGCGUUCAAACCCCUCCCACCUGAGAGAGCUGGAUCUGAGCUACAAUCACCCAGGAGAAUCAGGAGUGAGAGCGCUCUCUGCAGUACUGGGGGACCCCAGCUGCAAACUGGAGACACUGCGGUUGGGUUGCUGCAGUCUCUCAGGGGGCUGCUGUGAUGAUCUUGCCUCAGUUCUGCAUUUACCCCUCUCAGAGCUGAAGGAUCUGGAGCUCAGAGACAAUGACCUGCAGGAUUCAGGAGUGAAAGCGCUUUCUGCUGGGCUGGAGGACCCACACUGUAAACUGCAGAGAUUAGGGUUGUCAGGCUGUGGAGUCACAGAGAAAGGCUGUGCUUCUCUGGCUUCUGCUCUGCAUUCAAACCCCUCCCACCUGAGAGAGCUGGAUCUGAGCUACAAUCACCCAGGAGACUCAGGAGUGAGAGCGCUCUCUGCAGUACUGGAGGACCCCAGCUGCAAACUGGAGACACUGCAGUUGUCUGGCUGUAGAGUCACAGGUAGAGGCUGUGCUUCUCUGGCUUCUGCUGUGCGUUCAAACCCCUCACACCUGAGAGAGCUGGAUCUGAGCUACAAUCACAUAGGGGACUCAGGAGUGAGAGCGCUUUGUGCUGGACUGGAGGACCCCAGCUGUAAACUGAAGACACUGCUGCUGUCAGGCUGUGAAAUCACAGAGAAAAGCUGUGCUUCUCUGGCAUCAGCUCUACAUUCAAACCCCUCACACCUGAGAGAGCUGGAUCUGAGCUACAAUCACCCAGGAGACUCAGGAGUGAGGGCGCUCUCUGCAGUACUGGAGGACCCCAGCUGUAAACUGGAGACACUGCUAAUGGACCAUGGAGGAGAGAACAGAAACAAACCUGGACUGAGGAAAUAUUACUGUCAUCUCACACUGGACUCUAAUACAGCAAAUAGACUGCUGUGUCUGUCUGAAGGGGACAGGAAGGUGACACGGGCAAGAAAUCAGCCAUAUCCUGAUCACCCGGAGAGAUUUGACAUAUUGCCUCAAGUUCUGUGCAGAGAGGGUCUGUCUGGCCGCUGUUACUGGGAGGCUGAGUGGAGUGGGGGGUUCAGGUUUGGGGUUGAUAUAGGAAUGACUUAUAAGGGAAUCAACCGGAAGGGAGGGGAUGUGGACAGUGAGCUUGGUCUGAAUAACAUCUCCUGGAGUCUGUACUACACUAAUGGCCAUUACUCUGUUUGUCACAAUAAGAAAAGCACAGACAUACUGGCCUCUCCCUCCUCCUCCAGCUCCCACAGGGUAGGAGUGUAUCUGGACUGGCCGGCUGGCACUCUGUCUUUCUACAGCGUUUCCUCUGACACAGUGACCCUCCUGUACACGUUCCACACCAUGUUCACUGAGCCCCUCUAUGCUGGGUUUCGGGUUUGGUUUGACUCUUCAGUGUCCCUGUGUCAGCUGGAGUAG